AUGAGAGACUAUAGCCCAGUAAUUUCCAUUCUCCUUGAUCCACAGCCAGGAUCCCGAUCCUCCCAGCUUGUCGAGGAUGGCGUGAUAGCAGACCCAGGACUUCCGCAUUUCGAUGAAGCCAUAUCAACAAAGCGGUACUGCCAAGUCGCCCUGUGGGCAUCGUAUUUCAUCUCGAUUUCUGCUAUCGCAUGCUCGAUCUGGCUCCUGGCUGCCGAGGGCGGCCUCAUAGCAGCUUUCCUCCCAGACCGUCUCGCUCAGGGCGUGGCCGGCGUUGGUCUUAUCGGAGAAUUUCUCCCCCUCGUUUUCAACCUCCUCAUAGCAGGCUGCACCGAAGCUGUCAGCUAUAUCCACGCCGUUUCAUUGCGAUGGGCCCUUUAUCGCGAGGGCCGCCUCGAGUUCAACUCAAAUCUCCGUCUUUUUACGAGUGCCGAAUCCAGCCGGGCAAACACCCGAUCCGUCAACUUCGUCUCGGCAGCAUGCCUGAUCAUUUGCUACACAGCUGCGUCGCAAGUUUUGAUCGGAAGCAGAUCCAGCAUUCUCGUCAAUGGAAUAGCACUCUUGAUGCUCGGCAUUGGCCUGUUGAGUCUCUCGAUCGUGUCAACGAUGUGUCUCUGGGACAACUCCAACACUAUCCUCACCUGGAGCCCUAGCCCUCUCAAUACGACACUCGCUUGCCUCAAUCAUGGCAUUAUUGGCCACCACCCUGGACGCGGCAUGCUUGCUGUCGAUGACCGUUAUCUGCUCAGCCAACCCGCCAGCCCCCGACGACGGCAGUGCGCAAUGAAUACCGUAUACCCCGCUACUCGCUACAUCGUUUAUUUUCAGUAUGGGGUUGUUGUGCUCUGUGCCAUCUUGGCCAUCGUCAUUCUCGUGCUUAUUCGCAAACUCAAUCCUAACGGCGUGCCAACAUAUGCCUUCUUCGCCGACGAGACCGGCACCACUGACUUGUAUUUUGAAGGCGGGAUUCAUGGCGCAAAUCUUUAUCCACUGUGGCUUUUUUGCACCUUUCUAUUUGCAAUAGUGCCCCAGGCAUUCUUUGUCAUGGCUCUUCAUGGUGCCGAGUUGCUUGUAACAGUGGCUCGAGACGAGGCUGCUUGGCGGGAGGCCGCUGCGAGACGUGGUCCAGGCCGAGGAGCGGUGGUAGCUGCUGGAGCACCGAAGUCCGCUGUCAAGAGCUGGCUAUGGCUUUCACUGCUGCUUUACAAGCCUGUAUCGAGCUGGUUAUUGACAUCACAGGGCAUCAAGUUUCAGAUUCAACAGAGUACGAGUAGGGUCGUAUUCAAUCCAAUACCGCUCUUCGCACUGACGGGGUUGUCACUACUACUGGUUGCAUUUGAGGAGUGGCUUACUCGUUGGCGAACAGGUGGUCCGCAACCAGCUGCAUACGGACAUUUACAAACCUUGGCUGACUUGGUAGACGAUUGGGGGCCCAGCGAUAUCAGCGUUGAUGAACGCAAACUGUGGUGGGGAUCGAAAGGCUUCGACCCGAUGGGAGAAGCUUUGGUUGGGACAAGCGCGAAGAAGGAGGACGUCGGGGAAAUUGAUUUUGAUCAAAGAUAUAAAUGA